GCAUGCGUGGCGCCGCGUGACACGGCCCCGCCGGAAGCCUGGCGGCAAGAUGUCGGCGCUGCUGGCGCGGCUGUGUCGGGGCGCUCCCGGCCUCCGCGCCGCCCGCCUGCCCCUUGCCGCCGCCCCGCCGCUGCGCCGCCCUUCCGCGCCGCCGGGACCCCCGCGGCCGCUGAGCUUUUCCGCGGCCGAGCUGGUGCGCGCCGCGCCGAGCCCCCUCCGGCCCUACCUGCGCCUUAUGCGGGUGCACCAGCCCGCCGGGACGUGGCUGCUGUACCUGCCGUGCACCUGGAGCAUCGGCUUGGCGGCCGAGCCGGGCUGCCUCCCGGACUGGCGCAUGCUGUCCCUCUUCGGCAUCGGAGCGGUGCUUAUGCGCGGAGCCGGCUGCACGAUCAAUGACAUGUGGGAUCGCGACUAUGACAAAAAGGUUGCAAGGACAGCAAGUAGGCCCCUGGCAGCUGGAGAUAUCUCCACUUUUCAGUCCUUUGUUUUUCUUGGGGGACAGCUUAGCUUGGCGCUUUGUGUGCUUCUGUGUCUGAAUUACUAUAGUAUUGUUCUGGGGGCAGCCUCUUUGUCUCUUGUCAUCACCUACCCUCUGAUGAAGAGAGUAACGUAUUGGCCACAGUUAGUUUUGGGACUUACAUUUAAUUGGGGAGCCCUUCUUGGCUGGUCUGCCAUCAAAGGGUCAUGUGAGUGGUCUGUGUGUUUGCCCUUGUACUUAGCUGGAGUAAUGUGGACUCUGGUAUACGAUACCAUUUACGCACAUCAGGAUAAGAGGGAUGACAUCAUUAUCGGUGUGAAGUCAACAGCAUUACAGUUCAAGGAGGAUACAAAGCAGUGGCUCAGUGGCUUCAGCCUUGCAAUGCUCCUGAGUUUGUGCAUGGCAGGAAUGAAUUGUAACCAGACGUUCCCAUAUUACUCAGCUGUGGCUGCCAUAGGGGCUCACCUAGCACACCAGAUUUACACUUUGGACAUAGACAAACCUGAAGACUGCUGGAAGAAAUUUGCUUCAAAUCGUACUGUAGGAGUUCUGCUCUUCGUAGGGAUUGUACUUGGAAAUCUGUGGAAACAAAAAGACUUCAAAAAUGUAGAAGAGCCUUUAGAAAACAGGUAGUUGAAAUUACUAUAAAUACUGAUAUUUUAGUCCAGCUAAAGUGUAAGUACUGUAAGAAGGAAAACACUUAACUACAGCUGAUUUAUACUGUUUAUUUAUAAAAGCUGGUGAAAACAUUCUUGUUUCAAAACAUGCAAAUGAGAUUAUCCUACAAUGCAAGUUUUGGUUAUCCUUAAAUUACUCCAACAUCCAUAGAAGCUUCAACAAGUGAAGCUGCUCCGCUGGUCCUGUGUAGUACAAGCAAACUUCUGUCAAGCUCUCAAGACUGUGAGCCCAAGUUUUUAUAUGAAACAGAUGUCUCUUAGUGACAGCACCUGGGAAAAUGCUGGGAAGUGAUUUCAGGAUGUGAAUAAAAUCUGGCCAUACGUGUUUGGUGUUCUGAUUUAUUACAUGAAUAAUUUUCAGUUUGAGUUGGAGCUUGUUGCAUGAAAGAAUUGCAAUAACGAUUUUUAUCCUGAGAUGUCUAGGAGCAGUCAGGACUGAGUGUGAGAGGUCCAGAAUAAGAAGUCAAUAGAGAAGUAUUUAAAAUUACCUUUUGCUCUUGCUGUGAUUGCUGGGAGUGGUUCCUUUUCACAUGAAAAGAAUAGGCUUCUGCAAAGUUGCCUGCAUAGAGUGAGCUGAGCUUGUUUAUCAAGAUUGAUUUGAACACAGACUACUGACUAAAACCAAAACUAGAGUAGUCCAGAACUAAUGCCAAGUGCACAUGACUGGUUGUUGACCCUGAGCUAUGAAUUCAUCAUGCAAAAUGAUACUAUUUUUUUAUUUUUAUUUUUUAAUUCUAUUCAUUGGCACAGGUUGCCCAGAGAGGUUGUGGAGGCCCCAUCCCUGGAAGUGUUUAAGGCCAGGUUGGAUGAGGCUUUGGGCAACGUGGUCUAGUGGAGGGUGUCCCUGCCCGCAGCAGGGGGGUUGGAACUAGAUGAUCUUUGAGGUCCCUUCCAACCCAAACCAUUCUAUGAUUCUAUGAUUUUGACUUACACUUACUGGUUUUAUUUGUUGUCUUACAGGAAGAACUUGUUUGUAGGAGAAUACCUAUAAACAAUAAAAAUAGCAACUGCAGGCUAAUGAUUACAUUGCUCCAAACCGUUCGUGUUUUCAAUUGGUUUAUGCUCUCUCAGUUUCAUGACUUGCAUGAUAGUUAACCUUUUCUUUGACUCAUGAUGUUAAAGAGCUUGUAUGGUGUGUUCUGCUCCAUUCCUUGAGUGGUGGGGCACAACUGUGUGUGCAGUCACACCAAAAAUAAGGCUACUUACACCUCUGGCUCUGAAAAUGUGUAUCAUAGUUUAAGGUUAUUUAAACUGAUAUGGCUGAGAGACAUUGCAGUUUAAAGCCAUGCGUUCAGGGUUUGCUAACUGUAGUUUUGCAUUACUGAUGAUGGUGAGCAGGCAAAGAAGUUCCUGUUGCAGGGAAAUGAGAAAGCAUACAAUAAGUCAAUGGCUUUGGUUACAGAAGAUCCUUUUUGGGGCUGGAACAGACUUGUGUGGGUUCUGAACACUUCUUUUUAAUGAACACCUUGUAAAGUUGUUUUUUCUUUUACUAUUUAAACAAGUGACGUCAAAUAUAUUUUGAGCAAAUUAGAAUAGAUUUUUCAGCCUAACGGCAUAUAAGAUAGAAAUAUGUGAAAAUGUUAGGAACAAAUGCUUUUAGGGCCUCUUUGGUAUUUCCACAGAAAUUGUUCUUGAAUAAGGUUUAUAAUUUUGAGGUGGAGGAAGUAUUAAGUUGAAGAAAGGCAGUUUAAAAAUGAAGAAUAAGUUUCUGAACAAUUAUGUGACAAAGUUGCAUUUUGUAGAGGGAGAAUUGGAUGCAUCCAACUUCAUGUUGAACUUUGGUUAUAAGGCAUUUAUUAAUAAUAAAAAAGUCUUGUGAUGUAAA